UUCCCGGAGGUCGUGGGUUAUACAGUCAAACAACUUCCCUGAGUCUCCAAAAACACUUGAUACUGGCUUAAACAACAACAAACAAGCAAUAGCAACAUGGCAAAUGUUCUGGAUCUUGAGGACAUUGUCAAAACUUGGGCCUGGACGAAUUUCCUGAAGGUUCGCUCCAAAGAAAAUAGCAAGCUCCGUCUGGAGGAUGUACAGAUGAACGUCAACUGGUCACGUGUUCGAUUCGUCACGGAGAAGCCGGAGUACGAAGACAAAGUAAUGGUGGAUGUUCCCAAAGCUCAAGUUGUGUUCAGAUCAACAUAUCACAACAACACAGAGAACGAACAAGAGCAUUCCUUCCAAACCGAGAGAACAACAUCUUGUGUAAGUACAACGAGCAUAGAGAAAGGAUUUACCAAGGGAUUUAAUGUGGAACUGAAGCUAGGACUUCCGGAGGAAGUGGCCGAGAUUACAGCGGGAUUUGGAAGAGAAGUGAAUAUGCAAACAGGAUUUGAGGAUACAUGUGAAAAUUCCCUGACCUGGGCUGUAAAUAGCACAAUUAAGGUCAAGGGUAACCAUUCCGCGACGGCGGAUCUUGUGGUGCGGGAAAAUGAUUUUAGUGCCAAGUAUAAAAUGUUAGUGAAAAUUCGGGGAAUUGUGAUUGUGUCUUUAACGAAUUUAAAAGACAAUAAUUCGUUUAUUCAGUCCUUUGAAGGUGAUUUUUCCCAGAUAAUGAAAGACGAGCAAAAGAAAGGCACGACUGGGUUUACUAUAGAAGAGAGAACUGUGAACUGGCUUAUUGAGGGUACUUGUAGCUUCCGAUUCGGGGUGGAGCAACAAAUUAAACUCAAAGAGGAACCGCUUAACAACUAAAUGAUGAAGGGGAGAGUCUCUGUGGAGGAGACAUAAGACUGGACAUAUUUAUUCUCCGUGAAAGGUUGAUAAAUAGGCUUAAUCGCCGGUAUCUAUUUAAUAUGAUUGAUUAUGUACACACCAUUUAGUCAUGUAUACUUGAUAAACGAAAUUCCUGAAA